AUGGAGCAAAAUGAGGCUGGAGAUGCUCAAACUUUAGUGAACAUUUUAAAUCAGGAACAAUCAGAGGAUCCAAACUUCUUUUUUAGAGCAAAAUUUGACAAUGAAGAAAGAAUUUCCAAUAUCUUUUGGAGAGAUACAAUGAUGUUAGAAGACUAUAGGAUAUAUGGAUAUGUUCUUGUCUUUGAUACAACAUACAGAACCAACCGAUAUAAUCUUAUAUGUGCUCCUUUUGUUAGCAUAAACAAUCACUGGCAUAAUUGUAUGUUUGCAUAUGCUUUUAUUGGGGAUGAAAAAACAAAAUCAUUUGUGUGGUUACUAGAAACCUUCAAGAAAGCUAUGGAGGAUAAAACACCAACAUCAAUAUUCACUGACCAGGACAAAGCAAUGGCAAAUGCAAUUGAGCAGGUGCUUCCUAAUACUAGGCAUAGACUUUGUAUUUGGCAUUUAGAACAAAAUGCCAUAACCAGAUUUGGGGCUCUUAAAAAAGAUAAAGAGUUCAAGCAUGCAUUCAACCAGUGCUUAAAGUGGUGUUUGAUAGAACAAGAAUUUGAAGAAAAGUGGCAGGCAAUGAUGCAUGACUUGAUAGCACACUCUUGGUACAAAAGAGUUUAUGAAUUGAAAGAGAAAUGGCGCCUUGCCCUUAGUAGAGAUUUCUUUUCAACAGGAAUUUUGUCGUCACAAAGGAGUGAAAGCACUAAUCAUGCUAUAGGGUUCAAAGCAAGUAAAGCAACUACCUUGACAGAAUUUUAUACCAUAUUUGAGAAGACAACCAAUCGUUGGAGAAGCACAGAGAAAUAUGAUGAGUUCACAUGUAGCAAGUCAAUAACAUUCACUUCAUUGCCACUUUCCAGAAUGCUAAAGCAUGCUGCACAGAUAGCACUCAAAGCAAUAAUGAUAUUUCUUUAA